AUGCAGCUGUCACUCUCAUUCUGGAACCGAAACGGCUCUGUCGCUGCCGCUACCUCUUCUCCGCCAGCCUCAACAUCAAGCCAGGGCAGCGGGAUCGGUUCCAGUCGCGACACUCGCGACGGUGCAACCCAAUCUCGGGCCGACAAGCGUCGCAUUAAUGAACUUUCAAACGAUGGGCAGGAUUCAUACAGCCAGUCCAAGAUCGAGUCCAGGAUCAUGCUGAAUCGACAUCGAACGGUUCGGAUGCGCAUGGACUGCAGCAAAAUACGGAUGGCGAUGGCAAAAACAUUCACUCCGGCGCCUACAACAUCGUCAACGAUAACGACCAACAUGCAGUGGAAGACUCGCCGAUAGAGGAUCACGAUCACGAUCACGACCGCGACCGCAACAACGGCGACAUUGCCGGACCUGCAGAGAUUGCGGCGGCACUCAAAUUCAGAAGACCGAAGCAGCUGGCAAAUCCAUCUGGGGCAAAGCGCCUACUAGCAAAGGUGAGUUGCACUGCAUCAGCUUCGGCUUUGAUUUGCGACGCCCAAGCUCAUGCUUUUGAGUUUUCCUCAUCCAUCAGUCCUUUCGUCCGACGAUGUUGCCGUGCGUAUCUUAUUGGAUCCUUGGCACUUCUUCGAUCAAAUCUACGUCUCCAAAAAACACGGCGCCGCCAAGGCCUUUGCUCGCGCCUUCUCCGAUGCGGUUUUCAUUCCCAACUCCGAUGAUCGGGUACUGCUGGAGGCUCGAUUAGCGAAGCUCGGAAUCACGUGGGAGGAGGCCGUCCGAUCGCCUGUUUGGAACAAAAAGCUGUGGAGGCGCGUUCGUCGAUGGAUCCCCCCGCCGAGUGUUCUCGAGCCUUUAAUCCGGGAGGUCUUCGAGAAAUUCGGGGCGUUGAUCGAUGCGAAGACCACGCAACCGCUCUUCAACAAGGCAGCGCACGAGGCAGCAAAGCGAUGUCUUGAGGCGAUACGCAAAGGCCAAGUUUCCGAUCCUGUUGGCAUCGAACUGUACACCGACCGUGGGCCUUGCGGAGGACCAGACGGAAAGGCGGAUGACGGUGUGCGUGUCUACUCGUGCCAGCGCGGCACAAAUAGUCUUGAGGGAGGGAUCCACCGAAACGUUCGUCAAAGGUUCCCAAAGUCCGGUGUCACUCCGUACCAUGCCAAUGCUUGCCUUUCGGACUAUGUGCUCGUGCACAACUCCACAGUAAGUCUGUACAGCCGUGCUCACACACGCUGGAACUGAAUUUGUUUUCCUAUGCGUGUGCUUGUUUCACAGGUUGGGACGUUUAAUCGGACAGGGAAGGCAUAUGUAGGGCACUUCGACCUUUGGCUCACUGUAGAGCUUCAUCGUAUGCGGCGCAAAACGGCGGCAUACCUCCCAGCCCACCCUACGAAUAUGUCGGAAACUGUCAACCCGCUUCUCUACGCUCCGUCCACGGAGACAUUCGGGAUUGUGCCUAUUGUGGAGGUGGCUCAAAAGUCCAACAACAUCGAACCCUAUUGCGUCGAGAGUGGCGCUUUCCGUUUCGAGCCCCUCAAAUGGUCACCGCGGAAUUUGCUGCACAAGAACAUGGGACGAACAAUUCAGCAGAUGCAAAUCCAGCUGCCAGCCGAUCGCAAACUCCGUCACACCUGGCUUGCAAAACGCCAAGGUACUCGGUUUGCGGUAUUGCACGUUCACACACCAACCGAACGAGCGCUGUACAAGCAUAUCUUGUCCCAUCUGGAACCAUCAACUUCUCGAGACCAGCGAGCCAUCCGAAUCGCCGAGCGCUGGAACGCUUAUGCCAACGGCAUUGAUAUAUUUUACAACGUGAGUCGCUAUUUCGUCGUGCCUCUGAAUUUAAGACCGAGCUGAGUGCUUGAAAAUUCAUACGUAGAUGCCGGAACACAUAAGUAGUUGGGAAUCCAGAUGGUCGUCUCUGGCCAAUGCUCAAGCCAUAAUGAAUAUGGUCGAGAACGACGUCAAAGCGACCCAAGCGAUGAUCACCGACCCCUCCCGCGGUCGCAAUGUCAGCCCGCCGCCCGCCAAGCCGUUGCUCGGCCACAAACCUCCGGUCUCGGGGAUGCUCACCGAUGCAGAGGUCGAAGCGUCCAAUCCUCCAACAUCAUUCAUCCGCCCAUCCGGGGCGAUGGACACAAACAACAAUGGUCCGCGUGCAGGGAUUGCUACCAGUGGCAGUUCAGUGAGCGUAGUCACCGGGAAAGUAAUGCGGCACUGUCGGUUUUGCGGUCAAGCCUCUUGCAAGUUCAAGGGAUCAGCGUCAGCCCGACAGGGAUCGGAGAUUCUGUGUGAAAACCCAUGUGUGGAUUGCGGGAAGAUGUAUGGCUUGAGUGAAGAGAGGGAUCCGAAUAACCCAGAAUCACCGAGGUUUUGCAAGGGGCUGACCACGGCUGAGAUGGGUGGUCGAGCUCGAUAUAAGAAGGAGUGACAUAAUCAUAAACCGCUGUGACAUUGUGAAGACACUCUUAUUCCUAGUGCAAUUGUAUAUCAUGUACCACUUAUCUUUUUCGUUCCUUCUCCUUCCUUUCCCUUUCGAACCUUCCCUUUUUUUUUCUCUCCUUCCUCCUUUUUUUCCCUCUCUUUCUUUUUCUUUUCUUUUUCUUUUUUUUCUUUUUCCUCCCAGCCCCCCCCACCCCCCGGCACGGGUACGGGCCCAGCUUUCCCGGGUCCUCUGUGCUUCCCCCACACUCGGGCUCACGCGCUCACGGGCGGCACUCGCGACGCGCGUUCCCUUUUGGGCCUUCACUGCGUUGUCGACGUUUCCUUACCAGCUUCUGCGGCUGCGUUCACCACCUGUAGGGACAGGUGCGUUCCCCACUCCCAAGACUACCUCCCAGCUGACGAAGCGUUGCGUCUUGCUGGACGUUUACAGCUGCGAGCAGCUCGUCUCACACCCUCGACGUGGCUCGCCUUGAGUAACUCGGGGUGACUAGGUGAGUGUCUGGAUACAUCUGCGCUUGUUGCGACAUGUACUCUGCAUUCUUGUUCAUACAACUCAGUUGUACGGGCAUAUAGCUAUGUAAGCCCUUGUUGGGCAACACAGCACGCUGAUUGCACAGCUCUCAGCCGAACCUUUGCCUCCUCUCGCGCCUUCUGCGCCGAUCCGCCCUUAUACAGUGACUUGCCUUGUCGCAAAGGUAUGCUGAGCCGAUCGAUGGACUUCUCCAUCAUCACUUGCAGCCGACUGACUUUCAGAAGCUUUGGUCGCAAAGCUCCAUAUUGUGAUAGCAACACACCAAUGUUGUCCUUCGUCUUGCUGCAAUUACUAUUCCGUAACGACUCGCGCGAGUGGUCAGGGGUGCGGAGUGACUUGUGCUUUUCGUCUUUAGGAAGAUGGACAACAACAACAACAACAACAACACCAACAACGCCAGCCCUGCUGCUAUACCACCACUUCGCCCUGACCCUCCCGAUCCUCCCGGCCAAGCCCCCGCCACCACCACCAAAUCAUACUCCGCCGCGGUCGGCGCCCGCUCCGCUGCGAAGCACGGCAACGCCACCGCCAACACCUCGACUGCCGUCGCCGCCCAUCCCCUGAUGCACAACAUCGAGAACUGUGUCAUCAUCAACACCCCACCCUCAACCUCGGUCGAGCAAGUCCUCCUCGCGCUCGACAAACACUACCCUGCCCUUACCGGCGCAAUGCCAUGCGUCAUCAAGGGUCAGCGCGGCCUCCGCUUUCCCAAGGCCGCCGAUCUCGACACCCUGGUUGCCAACGGCCUUACUGUUGGCAAGACUCUGUGCAAAGUCGAGAAGCUGUACAGCUCUACUAAAGGAGGUGUUGUACAAUGCACCCUUACGGGCUUUUUCUCCGACCCCGAGGGCCUCCGCCUAUUCGAUGAGCAGAUCGCUGCCUAUGGCACGGUCCUCCGCCGUCGCAUCCAAUACAUUGGAAAGACGAAACACAUCUCUGGGGUGUACGAAUUUAUCCUUGCCCUUAAGGAUGUAGAUGUGUUGCCCCCUGCCUCACUUUCUAUUGCUCGUGACGGUGUCACUGAGCGAAUCCCACUGAGGAUCACCGGUGGCAUGCGCCACUGCGUCUUCUGCCGUUCCGCAGCUCACGUCCUUAAGGAUUGCCCCGUCGCCCCGGCGUGCAAAUCCUGCGAGAGCACCUCGCACGCCACCCAGCACUGCCCGGGCCGUCACGCGUCGAGCCCCCAGGGUCGCCCCACGUCACGUGCCCCGCAUGCCUCCACCGUUACCACCGCCGCCCCCGCCGGGUCCAAGUCGAUCCCCGUGGCCUCCGCCCCCGACCGCACGACCAAAAAACGUCGAGUGGAACAGGAUCUGGCUGCCCAGACUGAAGAUCUGUCCAACAGGGCUCAGCCCGAAUCUCUGUCGAAGACUGCCCGCCCCGAGUUCUCCUUCAAUUUCCCUUCCAAUACUGCCCCCCAGCCUGCCUCCAACCAGGGAACUGCCUCUUCCCUCGUUGAAAAAUCCUCGGAGUCCCCCAGCUCAGAGACCACCUCUCCAUCCCCAAGCCCUCCUCCGGCCACGCCAAAGUCGAUCAUAACUCGAUCCAAGUCGAUUGCCGCCCUCUCCACGCCAGCCACUCGUGAAGCCCCUCCCACUGCGCCUGCCCUCGAAGCCUCCGAGCCGACUCCCGAGCCCUCUUCGCCCACGCCGUUGCCCUCAGCCGCGCCCAAAGCCCGACCCGAUGACGCCGACGCCGACGACGAGGCCGACGAAGAAGCCGAAGACCAAGAAGCACCUCCCAAGGACGUGGAAUACGCUAUGGACCAAGAUGAUGAGCACAACUAAGAUCCCAAACGUGUCUUUUGUUGCUGCCAACGUGCAGUCAAUCAAUGAAGACCGUAAGCGUGCCUCUCUUUUCUCCAAUCUCCGCUCCCAUAACGCCGACGUCUUUCUCCUGAGCGAAACUGGCCGACCUUCCCCCGAAAGGGUGGCCCAGUGGACUCAGGAGUGCCAAGACUUAAAGCUCUCCGCUCUCUUCACUCCCUUCAACAACACUGCCAUACUCUGGAAGAGCGACUCCGUGGUCAUUACUAUUGAUCCCGAGUCGCCUCCCAACACUCUUCGUGCCUCUUUUUCUUUCCCGGACCGAGUCACCGACGCCACCUUUCGUGUGGGUGAUUCAAAGGUCCGGGUUGUAGUAGUAUACGCGCCUUCCUCCGACAAGCCAGACAAAAAGCGCUUCCUCUCACAUCUCAGCACCGCCCUCCGACAAGUCGUACGUGACGAACCCUCGCCGCCUGCGCUCCUAGUCGGGGGGGACUGGAAUUGUGUUGAGUCGCAACCCCUCGAUUCGGAGAACCAAAACGGAACGAAUUAUGGGGGUCAGGAGAUGCGCGACCUUGCCACGGCCAACAAUCUUUUCGACGCCUAUCGGCUCCACCAUCCCAAAGGACGAGCCACGACGAAUCGCUCAGCGCCCGGCACGUGCCGUCGCCUCGACCGCAUCUAUGUCUCGCCUGAUUGGGUUGACCUCUUCCAUGAUCACAAAAUUUGGGCUCCUGUCCUCAAAUCGACGCACUCAAUGGUUGUGGCACGGUUCCAAGUGCCGGGCGCAAUCGACAUCGGUCCGGGCAAAUUCAAGCUGGGUUUGCACGUGAUCGAGGGCGACGCGACCUGCGAGUACCUCACGUCCAUUGUCCGCACCCUUUACAACGAAGCCCUCCUCCAGACGCCCAACGAUCCACCAGCAGCUUGGACGUCCACCAAACACCGCCUGCUGCCCGAGCUGCAGGCUCUGGCCCGGACGUUCGCUCGGUUCCGACGUGGAGGGUCGGAGCAAGAGAGGGCGGACCACUCGCGCUACGGCGCGGCGCUGCGUUCCCGCCUCGACCCAUCUCUGGCGGGUCCCUCUUCCAUCUUCAUCCGCCUGCGCAAAGUGCGAGCAUCCGACCUGAUCCCUUCGCUCACGGUCAACGAUGUUGUUCAUUCCGACCCUGAUUCGAUGCUUGGAGCGGCCAGCGACUACUUCGAGCGGGUCUAUGAGGACCGCCCCAUCGAUGACGCGGCCCUGAAGGCGAUCAUCGACGGCCUCGCUUCAACUCGCCUCUCCCCCGCGGACUCACUCAAGCUCGAGGAAGCGUACCCGUUGGAGGAGAUGACAAAGGCUCAAGAGGCGUGUAAGUCGAACUCUUCGCCAGGGCCUGACGGCCUCCCGGUUGAGUUCUAUCGCGCUACGUGGCCGGCCACUGGCCCGAUUCUUCGAGAGGUCAUCAACUCGAUCCCCACCGAGGCCCGUCAGCCUGGACCUCUUCCCCGCAACACCGCCCACAUCCAUCUCAUCCACAAACGCGGCGAGAGGGAUCAGCUCUCGAACAAACGCCCCAUAUCGCUCAUCAAUGCGGACGAGCGCAUCAUCUCCCAAGCCCACAACCAGCGCCUCGCUCCCUUGCUCGAGUCCCUGAUCGGCCCUACCCAACGUGGCUUUGUUCCGAACCGUUGGAUCGGCACGAACAUCGCUGAGGUCCAGUGUCUCAUGGACCCUGGACUUCCGGGCCCAUACCCGUGCCGGGGGGUGGGGGGGCUGGGAGGAAAAAGAAAAAAAAGAAAAAGAAAAGAAAAAGAAAGAGAGGGAAAAAAAGGAGGAAGGAGAGAAAAAAAAAGGGAAGGUUCGAAAGGGAAAGGAAGGAGAAGGAACGAAAAAGAUAAGUGGUACAUGA